GAUUUUGCCCCAUCUUGCUAGCAACUCAUUCGUCUCUGUUCCGGGUCAACUGAAAAGUCCUAGGAACUGCCCUUGGGAGUAUCUAUUGUACUGAACAUUUGUUUUAUAUUAUGAAAGGCAUUUGACUGGUUUUGAUUCUGUAUCGGGUGCCCCGGCAAAGUCUCGUGCUUGACUUCUCAUAAUUAGCGCGUAGUUUUCAAGUGGGGGCUCUUUUGAGUUUUCAACGGAAGCUUCUCUGUACCUUCCAUGCGCGUUGAUGUGAAGUGCAUCGAUGAUAAGAUCAAGAAUCUUUAAAAAUGUCACCUUGGCAGUUAUCUCGUUGCUUUGCUCUGAGAUUCCUCAUAACUCUCAGUUCUAAUUUGGGAAGAAGUUGGUUUCGUCACUGCAAUGGUAUUCAAGAGGCCUUUUCCUGAAGAGGGUGAAGAGGGUUUUGGAGCUUCAAAGAGAAGGUUGAUACCCCAAACUGCGAGAGAUGUGAUUGGACGGUUUUCGGAGAGUGAAAUCCUGCACAGAAUCGAGCCUUUCUUGCGCAUAGUGGUUAGAGAGGAGUUGGACCAUGUAUUCUCGCGCCUGCAAGACCCACUUCAAAGGACCUCAAUUAACCCAGCUGGAGAUUCUGUAGGAGGAGGAGGUUUGCAGUUGCGUUUUGUCAAUCAGUUGAUGCCUAAGGUUUUUACAGGCUGUAAGAUCAAAGCUGAAGAUGGUUCUCCUAUCAAAAUCGAACUAUUUGACACCAGAACCAACUGUAUUGUUCAAAAUGGUUCCCUCUCUUCAGCUAGAAUUGAGGUUCUGGUCCUUGAUGGUGACUUUGGCUCUGAUAACCGAGAAGAUUGGAGCGAGACUGAGUUCAGGGCCAAUAUUGUGCGUGAAAGAGAAGGUCGAAGACCGCUGGUGGUUGGAGAACGGAGCAUAACUUUGCAAGGAGGAGUCGGCUAUCUUACUAACAUAAUGUUCACUGACAAUUCGAGUUGGAUAAGAAGCCGGAACUUCAGGUUAGGAGCUCAAAUUGAGCGGAAAAUUUCAGCUGAUGUACGAAUAAGGGAAGGCAGAAGUGGAAAGUUCGUUGUGAAAGAUCACCGUGGAGAGCUGUACAAAAAACAUUACCCUCCAAACCUAAAAGAUAAAGUAUGGCGCCUCGAGAAAAUAUCAAAAGACGGCAUCUUCCAAUCUCGAUUGGCCUCCGUUGGAAUUCACACUGUUAAGGAUUUCUUGCGUAAACUUGAAACGGACCCAAUCCGUCUUAGAAAUAUACUAGGUAACUUGUCGAAUAAAACAUGGAAAGCAAUUGUUGAGCAUGCAAUGACUUGCAACGUAGAUGAUAACGAGGCGUACAUCUAUUUUGAUGCCUCCCAGAGCGCUGGCCUCUUGUUCAAUUCAACCUACAAAGUCAUCAGUGCGACCUUUGAUGGCCAAAAUUACCAUCCACUGGAAAACUUGACUUUCCAUCAGAAGCAUUUGGUGAGCAACUUAAAGCAGCAGGCUUACUUGAAUGUGAAUGAACUGAUACAAACCCGUUGGCCUUCAAUUGCUCCUCCGAGGGCCUUGAAUGGCUUGCCAGCAUCAGGUUCGAUUAUUGAUUCGUGUUCAAGCGAGCCGCACAUUGACUUCCCUUCUUUGUGCCAAGGGAUUGAAGACUUCGAAGAUCCUGUGGGACCACUGCCUGGAUUCAAUCAUUUGGCCUCUUCAACAUCAUACAACAGCGAAGCUGUUCAGAGCCGGCAAUAUGAAGUCUCCAUCUCACAGGAUUAUCAUCCAGAGCUAGCUUUUAACCCAAUUCCCACAAGUAGUAGUUUCGUGAUGGGAAAUGCCUGGGCGGGGCUCUACCAUGGAGAGAACAAUUCUCAGUAUAAUCCACAAAGGACACUCGAUGUCAACAGCCAUUUAGCUGCUAAUAUGAAUGUUUCCCAAAUCGAAGCAUCGUAUAGUUUCCCGUCGUCUUCUUCUUCAGCUUGGACGCCAGGAAAUGGCUUAUUCAUCGGUUCAUUGGGUGAGGCUGAAGUUGGGAUCUUUUCUUCUUUCCCAGACAUCGGUCUCCAUAUCCGCAAAAGUGCGAGGCCUAAGGCAGGUUGGUGCAAGAUUCGAGCAGCAGUCAAGUGGGGAUCAGUCAGGCGCGAUGCGGCCGCCAGAAGAAUGGCGCGCCUUCUGUAUAUGUAGAUUCCAAGGAUCUUUUAGAGCAUCCACCACGAUCCCCGUCCCUGCAAGCAUCUGGGGGAAAAUAACAAGUCGUCCGGUUGUGCUUUGUCCAUUCGCUCGUUUGUUUCCCCCUGCAUUAGGUUGUAAAUUCAUAGGAUUUUACAGAACAGGGUUGCCGAAAGAAAGUGGCAUUGUUCUCUGUAUGUAGAUCGAUUAGAUUUCCGGGCCUUUUCCUUGCAGUAGUUUCAUUCUGUAUCAAGCUGUAGAUUCAUAGGAAGUUCAAAGGAAAGGCCAGUCCCAAGAGUCAUGUAGAUCAAUCAGAUCAUGUGAAAUAAAUGUCUAAUGUCUUCAAAAUC